ACCAUGAAUGCAGGAUGCAGCCAGUCAUAUAAAGGAUUCUCUUCUUCACAGAAUGAAAGAAAGACGUGAAGUACAAACCUGAAUGCAAUUUCAGGUCCAAACAGAUGAGCUUGUGACAUCCUGUUCCAGAGCCCAGGGAUUCCUCACGCCUCAGCUGUGCCUCCUCAAAUCUGGACAACACUGUUUGAAACAACCAAAAACUUCAACUGACGUUACAGUUGUCACAAACACUAACUGGUGCUAGCUGAAUGUCAGGAUGCAAGUAGUUACUAUUAUAGUACUACUUCUUCUUUGUAAAGCUUCUGACUUUAGGAAGACAAGGAGUAGGAAUUUGAGAAACAAUGAAAGGGAAAAAAUCUCACGGAAAGCAUCUGGCACCGUUAAGCGCAAUGCCCUAGGCCUACCAUGUGAUAUAUACACUUAUCUUCAUGAGAAAUACCUAGACUGUCAGGAAAGAAAACUGAUUUUUGUGGCACCUGAUUGGCCUGAGGAUUUGAAACACAUGCUACUAGCAAGAAACAGGAUUCGUAAAUUGAAGAAUAAUAUGUUUUCUAAGUAUAAAGCACUGAAAAGUCUGGAUUUACAGCAGAAUGAUAUAUCAAAAAUUGAAAGCCAGGCUUUCUUUGGUUUGAAUAAACUUACAACACUCUUACUCCAGCAUAAUCAAAUCAAGACUUUAUCCGAGGAGAUUUUUAUUUAUAUGCCCAGUCUAAACUACCUACGUCUUUAUGAUAAUCCCUGGCAUUGCAACUGUGAACUAGAAACUCUUGUUACAAUGCUACAGGUUCCAACAAACAGGAAUUUGGGAAAUUAUGCCAAGUGUGUGCACCCAAUAGAACUGAAAAAUCAGAAGCUAAAACAGAUAAAAGCUGGACAGCUAUGUGGUGAAGAGGACAGGCAGGACCCCCAGAACAUAAAACAGGAGAAGCCUGUCAAACCAGAAUUUGAUUCCUCUUUGUGCCACAUAUAUGUGUUUCCUGUACCAACUCUGAACUGCAAGAGGAAAGAUUUAAAGAAAGUUCCAGGUAACAUACCUCCAGAUAUAGUUAAACUUGAUUUGUCCAACAACAAAAUUAGACAACUACGAUCCAAAGAGUUUGAAGAUGUCAGUGAACUGAAGGUAUUAAACCUAAACAGUAAUGGAAUUGCUUACAUUGAUCCUGCUGCUUUCUCAGGACUCAACAACUUAGAGGAGCUAGACCUAUCAAACAACAGCUUGCAGAAUUUUGAAUAUGGAGUACUGGAAGAUCUUUACUUUCUGAAAGUACUGUGGCUGAGAGAAAAUCCUUGGAGAUGUGAUUACAACAUUCAUUAUCUUUUCUACUGGUUAAAGCAUCACUACAAUGUUCACUAUAAUGGCCUAGAAUGCAAAAUGCCUGAGGAAUACAAAGGAUGGUCUGUUGGAAAAUAUGUUCGAAGUUACUACGAGGAGUGUCCAAAAGACAAGCUGCCCAUUUAUCCAGAAACUUUUGAUUUGGACAAAGAUGAUGAGGAAUGGGAACGACAAAAAGGACAAUCAGUUCAAACAGCAAAAAAGCACAGUGUAAUUGUCACUGUGAUAGGCAAAUAAGGGAAUCCUUUUUUCUUUUUCUUUUUUUUUUUUAGUACAUUCAAAUAUUUGAUACUCUGUCGAAAAAAAAAACCCAUGCUGUUUACAUUUUUUGUUAAUUAUACUGAUUGUUGUAAGACUAUUUUCCUACAAAGAUUUCUGUUUAGUGCAGUUAAUAAGUACAGAAUGGCAUUAGUUACACAUCAUCCUUCAACGGUUAAUUGUUUCUGACUAUUUGUUCUGCACAUUCUUGUGAAAUAUUUUGUCAAGUAUUCAAAACUAUGCAGUAGAAAUGGAUAGACACAAAUGUAGAUAUGUGGUGGGGAGGAGCUGUGAAUGAACAUUAUGCAUGAACACAGCUUAUGUGCUGACAUGGAACUUGCUGCAGGAUUGUGACCAAGACACCUCUUUCUUGAAUGUAUCACCAAUUCUUUAUAUCUAUCGGUUUCCUGAAAUAUUCCCAGAAAACAUUUCUAAGAUUUUUGUAUCAGCUUCCUGUUGUUUUAUUGUAUAUGAAAACUCAAAAUUAAGACUAAUCUUAAAUACAGUUCUA